GUCAUCAGUUUCUGGUAUCAAAAGGAAUCAACUUCUAUUUUGGAUUUCAACUGUUCUGUCUUUGAUAUCAAGCAAUGGUUCCUAUCCAAAACAGAACUGUUCAUAAAAAUAAAAAAAAAUCUUGAUAUCCAAAAAUAGUGCCUUCGUUUUUGCUAUCAGAAAUACAAUUUUUGCUAUCAACACUGGAGGGCACUACUUUAAUGAGGAGGAUACUGUUUGCAAAGUCCAUCAUUAACUAGGUCAACUGCCCGGAACCCGCAAACCACGAAGCGCGCAGUUUACCUGAACCCUUUGAUGGAUUCAUCACUAUCACAUUUGAUAAGAUGCAGUCUCGCUGGUCAGGAGUGUUUCUCCUGUGCACCUUCCUCUAUGGUCCUGAAACUUCAGCUGCGCAGUCCGGAGUACAGCAGCUGAAAGGUGUUGAGGGCGGGCGGUUCACGUUCCCUGUCGACAUCCCAAACCUCCGCCCGGAGUCGGAUGUCAUCUGGAAACAUGGCUCUGAGAACCCAGAGUGGUCGAUUGCAAGAAUUCACGGGGGGAAGAUUGAGGCUGUGUACGAGGACAGAUUUAAAAGCCGUCUGCAGGUGGACAGUAGCGGCUCUCUACAGAUUAAUAACUUAGAGUCGGAAGAUGCCGGCUUUUACCAAGUGGACGUGGCGCCGGGGGUUUCUUUUAAAAGGAUGUUUUACUUGUCCGUUUACAAAACUGUGUCAGCGCCUGAAGUAAAAAGAUUCAACGAAUCAGGAAAGCUGUUUAUAAGGGCCUGUGUUUUACAGUGCUCUGUGGAAAAUGACAAAGACGUCAGUUUGUAUUGGCUUAGAGACGGGCUUGUCCUGAACCAGCUGAGCUCACCUCGAGAAAAAACACUGGAGCUUCUGCAAGAAACACAAGGCGAUGACGUUAACUAUACCUGUGUGGCCAGCAACAGCGUCAGCAAUCAGACAAUCUCUGUCACUCCAUUUGAAUACUGCCCAGAAAGCAAGCUCCACACUGAGCUCAUCCUGAGGGUGCUGGUGUUCAUAGUGCUGACUGGAGUCGCAGUCUGUGUGUGGGUCUGGAGGAAGAGAAAUGCUCAGGAUGGGUGCAAGCAAAGGCUGCGGAGCAGCGCUUGAAGGGGGGGGGGGGGGACACAGAUUUUCUCCAUAUAGUAGCCGACUAUCACCAUAUUUAAGGUAGUACGGCUGGAUUACAUUAUUAGAUGGUCAAUUCUGGUUUAAGUUUAUUUUAACAAUUCCUGCUUUGAAAUAGUAUGUUGUGUUGUUUUAUGUUGAAUUUGUUACAUUUGUAUUUAACCAAAAAUAUGGUAAAUUAAAUCUUAAAUAACUUACCUAGUGGAAAGUUAACAUAAAAACGAGUAUUUUAAAUGGGAAAUUUGUAUAAUAUCGUAGAGAGGUUACUCACUAUAUUACAUAACAUUUGGAACACGACAGAAUGAAAGUGAAAACGCUUUCUAAAGAAAUCCUGUUUGUUUGUAUUUCUCUGUGCAAAUUCCGAUGCAAUUGAGGUCAUAUCUGUCAGGCGAGGGGUUCCUUAUGGCUGUACCCACACAUCAAGCCGUUAAAUCUGUUCUGUGUCAUUUUUGUAAAUAUUUUUUUAUGUGCUGAAGAGAUGAAAAGCACCUUUCUGCUGUGCUGUGGUCUCUGGUAUUGUGCAAUACAAGAGGAGCAGUUUGUGAACUUCUGGAAGUAAUUUUCUAGCCACUGGCACUACCGUCAUUGCAUUAGAGAUGCCUAUGGGACACAUUCAGAUGUGUGCAUUUAUAGGACAGAUAUGCUUGUUGUGUAUAAGAAUCUACACAGCCUGGACACUUUAUUAGGAUCUGCCCCCGAUAUCUGGUCACCAUUUGCGCUGAGCACAGUCUCAUAUAUACAACCUUCCAGAGAAUACAAUUUUAACAUAAAAUGAUGUAAAAUCCUUGUACCCAAGUGUCCCUCGUAAAGAAACUUUAGAAGCUUGUCAAAAAGCACUAGAUGAUAGACUAGAUAAAUCAAUACCAACAGCAGAGGUGCUGAACAUGAUCAACGUAGUUUUAAAAAACAGUUAUUUUACAUUUGUUAAUAAGAAUUACAAACAAAACGAUGGUACAGCAAUAGGAUCUAAGUUAGGAAUGCAUUUUGCCAGUACAUACAUGGGGAAAUGGGAAGAACAAUUACUUAGAAAAUCGGAAAGAGAACCUUUAGAAUACAUUCGGUUUGUAGAUGAUAUUUUUGGGGUUUGGACACAUGGAGAAGAAUCUCUUUUCCCGUUUCAUAAAAUGGCAAAUUAAAUACACAGUAAUAUUAAGGUGGACCUUUGAUGGACAAGGAAAGAAAUAGAAUUUUUAGAUACCAUAGUAAAACUUGAAGAAGGUUCAAUUGAGACUGACCUCUUCUGUAAACCUACUGACAUGCACCAGUAUUUACACAUGUCCUCUGCACAUCCGAUACACACUAAAAGGGCAAUCCCAAAGGGUCUAGGAAUAAGAAUACGAAGAAUAUGCUCUAAAGAAAGUGACUAUGUAAAACAAAGAAAUGUA